AUGUCAGCUCCCAGGCCUGCGCCCAAACCUGGCGCGCGUCCGACUAUCCCGCCUCCCCGGAGGGCACCUGCCCAACCCCCUAUCAAGCGUCCGCAGUCUAUUGGACGUCCUCAGCCUCCCAAACCAACUACACAUCCGAAAACCUCCAACUGUCCAAACCCAGGUUGUCCUGCCCCGCAUAUCGUCGAAGAUGAGGGGGUGAAGGUCUGCUCAGGCUGUGGUACAGUCAUUAGCGAGUCAAAUAUCGUUUCAGAAGUUACUUUCGGUGAAUCUUCUUCCGGUGCAGCUGUCGUCCAAGGAUCCUUCGUCGGAGAAGACCAGACACACGUCCGCAGUUAUGGCCCCGGAUUCCAGCGAGGAGGCGCAAUGGAAAGUCGUGAAAUGACUGAGCAAAAUGGAAAUCGGUUUAUGCUUCAACUCUCUCGUGCACUCACAAUUCCCGAAAGUGCAACAAAAGCUGCUGGUCAGGUCUUUAAACUUGCAGUCGGCCUUAAUUUCAUUCAAGGUCGUCGCACAAAGACCGUGGCUGCAGUCUGUCUAUAUAUCGCCUGUCGCAGACAAAAUGGCAACACAGUAAUGCUGAUUGACUUUGCUGAUGUCUUGAUGGUCAAUGUCUUCAAACUCGGUCGCACUUAUAAGGCUCUCCUCGAUGAGCUCCGCUUGGGUGGAAACGUAUUCUUGAUGAACCCCAUCGACCCGGAAAGCUUAAUAUAUCGUUUCGCCAAACAGCUGGAAUUUGGACAUUCUACAAUGGCGGUUGCAGGUGAGGCAGUUCGAAUCAUUCAGCGAAUGAACCGUGAUUGGAUGACUACUGGACGACGCCCAGCUGGUCUCUGUGGUGCAGCAUUAAUCCUCGCCGCGCGCAUGAACAAUUUCCGUCGAACCGUACGCGAAGUGGUCUACGUUGUCAAAGUCACGGAAAUCACCAUCAGUCAGCGUUUGAACGAGUUCAGCUCCACCGAGAGUGGUGAACUGACCGUUGAUCAAUUCCGUUCUGUUCAACUAGAAAACACCCACGACCCCCUUCCUUCACUCGCGGGCGAGAAGAUGCCAGAAACUGCUGCGGAAAUUGAAGAUGACCUCACCGAGAGCGAAGCCGGAUCAGUCCCGCCACCUCGUUUAGAUGCUGACGGCUUUGCGAUCCCGAACCUCCCCAUAGACCCGGCUAUUACAGGUCGACGUUCAUCGAUAGUUGCGAAAACUAUCACCGACGUGGCAGAAGAGUAUGAGUCCGAAGUAAUCAGCUCUAAGGGCAAAAAGCGACAGCCUGCACCAGAGCCUCCUGCAGAAGAGCUUGCAUCUGAAGCGGCACUGGAGGACGAAAUGCGAAAAAUGCUAGCUCAAGGCUCAGGCCUGGUUGAGAGCGCCACCGAACCGCAACGGCCCCCCGUUUCCGAUAGCACUGAGAUUGAUGCCACCGAGUUCGAGGAUGAUCCAGAAGUCGCCAAUUGUCUCCUCUUGCCUGCCGAAGUUGAAAUCAAGGAAUCCAUCUGGGUGACCGAGAACAAAGAAUAUCUCCGCACUCAACAGGCAAAGGCUCUGAAGCGUGCCAUGGAAGAAUCUGAAGGCGGUUCAACGUCUCGCAAACCCCGCAAGCGUCGCCGGGGUCGUCUGGGCGAUGUCACAUAUCUCGAGGGUGAAGGCGAAGAGGGUCGUUCCCGUGCUUCCACUCCUGCUGAGGCUACUCGUCGCAUGUUAGAGCGUCGAGGUUACAGUAAGAAGAUCAACUACUCCUUGCUGGACACUCUUUACGGCGGAGAAGGAGGCGAUGCCAAGGCAGAGAGCAUGAGUCGCAGCCAGAGCCGCAGCCAAAGUGUCGUCUCGCGACGCAGUGCCAGCAUCGAACCACAGGCAGUCGCUCGGCGGGCGACUCCAUCGGAUACCAAGCCUGUUCCUCCCCCCUCCACCACUUCCGCGCCCCUACCCACUCCCCCUGCUACCCAAAACACACAAGAGCCAAUCAAGCAGGAUGGCGAGGCUACAAAUCCAGAUCCAGACGAUCAGGAUGAUUACGAUGACGACGAUGGCGAGGAGGAUGGUGUUGACGAUGCCUUCGCAGGCAACUACGGCGAUUACGAGAGUGACUACGAUUACGAUGACUAG